AUGGCGCCAAAGAAGAAGGAAGAGCCGAAACCUGCUGCACCUGCAACCCCUAAACCCCCUGAGCCCGAGCGCCCAAAGACCCCGGACUUUGACCCUACAACAGUGACGCUUGAAUUCACCCCGGAGCAGAUUGAGGACUUCAAAGAUGCCUUCCAGCUUUUUGACAGGACACCGGCUUGUGAGAUGAAAAUCACUUAUGCCCAAUGUGGAGAUCUGAUCAGAGCUUUGGGCCAGAAUCCCACCAACACAGAGAUUAUGUACGUCCUUGGAAAGCCCAAGCCUGAAGACAUGCAGACCAAAAUGCUCGACUUUGACCAGUUUCUGCCCAUUCACCAACACAUCUGCAAGGCUAAGGACCGCGGAACAUAUGAGGACUUUGUGGAGGGUUUGAGGGUUUUUGACAAGGAGGGAAACGGCACAGUCAUGGGGGCUGAACUCAGGCAUGUUCUGGCAACGCUGGGAGAGAAGAUGAGGGAGGAUGAGGUGGAGCAGCUCAUGCAAAACCAAGAGGAUGCAAACGGAUGCAUUAAUUAUGAAGCAUUUGUAAAGUACAUUAUGGCUUCUUAA